AUGGUACAAAAAAAAGAAUUUUUGAAUCUUCGAACUUGUAAAAUGAAAGCGGAGACAAAUCAUUGUGAUAAUGAAGAAAUUAACAAUUUUGAUCAAAAUACGAUGGAAAUAGAAUUCAUCAAAAAAUUAGGAAGCAUUGAUGUCUACAAAUAUUUUACAUUUGCAAAAGAAAAUGAAAUAGCGAACCAAAAGAUCUACAGUUUGCGUGAAAACAAUCAAAUUCUUCAACAAAGCUUAAAUAAAAUUAAGCAAUCGUAUGAAAUGAAGACGAAAGAAUAUUUAAAACUCAGCGCAGUCUACAAUGAGCUUUACAAAGACUACACUAAAGUACGCUCCGUUUACAAUCAAUUGGUCAACGAGACUCAAGUGCUUAAAAUCAAUGCGGGAAAUCUCAAUACUUUGAAUAAGGAGGAGGUUGAACCUUUAAAAUCAGAGAAGAUUCAAUUACCAAGUAAGAAAGAAACUUGCGAACAAGGUAACAAGAAGAAUCAAGGAAUCAAUAAUUUGAAUGAGGAAGUUGAAUCUUCGAAAUCAGAAACGAUUCAAUUGCAAAAUAAGAAAGAAGCUUUGGAACAAGAUAACAAGAAGAGUCAAGAAAUAAUCAAUAAUAUGAAUGAGGAGGUCGAAUCUUUGAAAACAGAAACGAUUCAAUUACAAAAUAAGGAAGAAAUUUGGGAACAAGGCAAUAAGAAGAAUCAAGAAAUAAUCAAGAAUUUGAAUGAGGAGGUUGAAUCUUGGAAAACAGAAACGAUUCAAUUACAAAAUGUGAAAGUAACUUGGGAACAGGAUAAUAAGAAGAAUCAAGCAAUCAUCAAUAAUUUGAAUGAGAAGAGCGAAUCUUUGCAAUCAGAAGUGAUUCAAUAUCAAUCCACUCGCAACGUUCGUUGGGACGACACGGAUCUGAAUAAUUCUGCCAACCUUACCAAAGAUAUUCGUAAACUUCAAGAUUCUUUAUGUGAUUUCAUUUUUCUCAAGGGAAAAGCAUAUGUUGUCAAAAAAUACAAUAUUCAACAAUUAUUUAAGAUACUAAAGACAAGAGCCAACAUCAAUCAUAAACCUUCAGUCAGUGCGGCCUUGCAACAGUUGGUGAUCAAAAAAAUUAUAAGAUUUUACGAUGAACAUAUGCUUCAAGAUAGAAGCCGUACAUAUUCCACCGAUAACAAUACGCUUGAAAAAAGGCUCGUUUCAUGCGCGGAUAAUUUAACAAAUAUGGUUAAAGAGUUUACCAAUACUCGAGAAGGAAAUGAUAACAUCACUGGCAUUACCGAAAUCAAAGUCCGUCAAGAAAUCUAUACUAUGUUGGGGUAUAGAGGUUUCGGAUAUAAAGGAUGUCGAUUUAUAUUGGAUUUAAAAAGAAGACUCCUCAAAACGUUGGAUAAUUAUCGGUCAAUCAACGAUAGCGAUAGUACCAUAUCUAAAGAGCAAGAUCGUGCAGAAGAAAUUGUACUUGGUGUUAUCCGUAUUCUCAAUUUUCGUCUUUUAACCCAAGAGCCAGUCGCUACUAUUCGGUGGUUCGAAAAUGGAGAGCCUUUGAAUGAAACUUUAAUGGAAUGGGUUUCAACCGACGAAGAUGAAACGAACAUGGUUGUCGAUAUUUGUGCAUUUCCAGCAAUCGGAGUUUACCUCGAUGAUCCUACAAAACGGCAAAUUUACACCAAAGCUAAAGUAGAAAUUUGCAACAUGUCAAACAAGAUAUCAAACGCUUCCCAAGAAGGCAUUAUGCGUAUAUUGAAAGCCUAUACCAAUUACAACUCACUCUCGUUAUAA